UAUUAUUACAUCUUUUUACAAUUGUAAAUCCUUUAAAAUGAACAUAAAGGACGACGUAAAAAGGAGAAACAAAAAAACCCAAACAUUUCAUAAAAACCCAUUUCGCCAAACACUCUUACAACUUCACUCCUGCACAGAAAACCCUAGGUUCAACCAUGAAUCCGUUCAACGGCAACCGCAAGGAUCUCAAAUCUACCGUCGUAUAUUGCUGGAGAUGCGGCAAGGAUUCCAAGAAUCUUGAAGAGUCAGGUCAACACCAAGAUGCCCACAACAGGGGCAAGGUCCAACCACCAGUGAAUGAGGCAAAGGCAAAGCCAAAGCCAAAGGAGGCAAAGAAGGGCAAGGAAGGCAAGAAGGGCAAGGAAGGCAAGAACAAGAACGCUAAGCAGAUCAAGACUGCCGCCAAGGAAGGGAAGAAAACGAAGCAGAUGGGGAAGAAAGGCAAGAAGGGGAAAUGACAGCUAUCUAGAAUUAGGAAGAAAUGCAGUGAGUUUGGUUUGUUUUGUUAAUGCCUUUUCCAUUACUCCAUUACUGUUUCUUGCAUUUCUUGCUAUGUUUGUAGGUUACUUCUUCGAGUUUGUUUGAAAACUUAGGUUGAUGUAAGUUGUUGGCAGACUUUGAUCUUAAUUUUUAAUGCCUUUUCCAUUCUUGUUUCUUGCAUUUCUCGUUAUGUUUGUAGGUUACUUCUUCGAGUUUGUUUGAAAACUUUGGUUGACAUUCACCCUGCUCUGAUUCCUUAAGUAGCUGGCAGUGAGUUCGGUUUUCUUAUGCCUUUUCCAUUCUUGUUUCUUGCAUUCUGGUUUCAUUGUCAGUUUUAUCAAGAGCGCCUGCUAUGGUGCUAUAGUGUCCAUGGCAUAGCACUCCAUAGCUCCCCAAAAAUGAUAACAGUCAUAGCAUGGCGGAUUACCAGUACAGUUGGGUAAUCCUGACAUUCUGUUAAAGUAUGUCAUAAUCAUGUUCCAUUUUGCAUUUCAAUGUUUGUUUUCUUGAAUAUAGACCAAUUUUGGAUUUUCAAUCUUUGUUUCCUUGAAUAUAGACCACCAUAGCAGCCACAAUCCACAUUGUGGAUAGCGGCUGCCAUUCACACUAUUUAUUAUUUCUUUUAAAAAGACAAAAAUAGAUGAGUAAUAUGUGUGUUGUUGUCCCCUUGAUAUGUGCUUUCUUUAUCCAAUUCUCUUAUCUUCCAUUUUUUGAAUUAAAAUAUUAUAUGCACAUUUGUAUAAUGUAUUAGACACUAUCAAAUCUGGUGGGUAUUAAACCAACCAUCAACCUCUUAAUCUUGACAUCUAGAGUAUGUGAUGCAGCAAGCUAUUGCCUUUUUGCUAUUAGCUGCUUUCUGCUUCUAAUAACACUGUUCAGUGUCACUCCAUUUUGAUUGAAAGAGUUACUCUUAACUAUUUUAUCACUAUUACUAAAUUAGGGUGUCACUACAAGAAAAAUCUUUAAAGAUU